CCCCCCUCCCCGCGUCUGGAUGGUACGCUCCGGUCCUCCUGGCCCGGCUGCAGUGGAUGUUGCUAGAACCCACGCGGAGGAAGGAAGAGACGCAGGCAGGCUGCGGUGACCCAAGCGGCCGCCCGUGCCUCAGGGACCCCUUCCCGGAGAGACGGCACCAUGACACAGGGAAAGCUCUCUGUGGCUAACAAGGCCCCCGGGACAGAGGGGCAGCAGCAGGCGAAUGGUGAGAAGAAGGAGGCUCCAGCAGUGCCUUCGGCCCCACCCUCCUAUGAGGAGGCCACCUCUGGGGAGGGGCUGAAGGCAGGAGUCUUCCCGCCAGCCCCCUCGGCUGUGCCUCUCCACCCCAGCUGGGCCUAUGUGGACCCUAGCAGCAGCUCUAGCUAUGAGAGUGGUUUCCCCACUGGAGACCAUGAGCUCUUCACCACCUUCAGUUGGGACGACCAGAACGUUCGCAGAGUCUUCAUCAGAAAGGUCUAUACCAUUCUGCUGAUCCAGCUGCUGGUGACCUUGGGUGUCGUGGCUCUCUUUACCUUCUGUGACCCCGUUAAGGACUAUGUCCAGGCCAACCCAGGCUGGUACUGGGCGUCCUACGCCGUCUUCUUCGCGACCUACCUGACCCUGGCCUGCUGUUCUGGACCAAGGAGGCAUUUCCCCUGGAACCUGAUCCUCCUGACCAUCUUUACCCUGUCCAUGGCCUACCUCACUGGGAUGUUGUCCAGCUACUACAACACCACAUCUGUGCUGCUGUGCCUGGGCAUCACGGCCCUCGUCUGCCUCUCGGUCACCGUCUUUAGCUUCCAGACCAAGUUUGACUUCACGUCCUGCCAAGGUGUGCUCUUCGUGCUGCUCAUGACUCUCUUCUUCAGUGGACUCGUCCUGGCCAUCCUCCUGCCCUUCCGAUAUGUGCCCUGGCUCCAUGCAGUGUACGCCGUGCUGGGAGCAGGCGUGUUUACGUUGUUCCUGGCAUUUGACACCCAGUUGCUGAUGGGUAGCCGACGCCACUCGCUGAGCCCUGAGGAGUAUAUUUUUGGAGCCCUCAACAUUUACCUAGACAUCAUCUAUAUCUUCACCUUCUUCCUGCAGCUUUUUGGCACCAACCGGGAAUGAGGAGCCCUUCCCACCCCCGCUUCCUUCAGAGAAUGCCCCCUUGCUGGUCCUCUGACCCCGCCCUGUGCUCCUGCCAGCCCAGAUAUAAAGCUAGUUGCCAGCGCAGCCUUUGGCCAGCCUGCUCACUUCCCUCAGCCAGCCCUCAUCCUCACCCUCUGCAGCUUGUACCCAUGCCACCAGGGGCCCUGUGGUACCCGGGUCACACCAUCCCCUGUGCCACCCCUUCCCCCCAGUUAUAUCUCCCAAACUGAGACAGUCGAGGCUGGAGGUUCCUCUGGGUUUGAGGACCCAAGGGAUGAGUAGGAGAAGCUCAGCAGGAUUUCAGAGGUGGGAAAAAGAUCCCAGGAAGCCUGGCCGAGGCCUGCAGCCCCACCAUGAUUCCUCCUGAAGUUGCCACAGCUGUAGGACUAUGGGGCACACUGUCCUGUGCCCACCCCCUGCCUCCUCUCCCUCCUUCCAGGUUAGGUUUUGACAUUCGGUAAGAAAGGGGUGGAGAGGACAACUGGGAGACAAGAUGUGGGUGCUCUGCAGUGGGGGGAUGGGGAUAGUGGGUGAACAGGAUGGCUGUUCCAGGCUGCCUGUCUUCUCUCAACUCUGGGACCAGCGGCUUGUUCUAGGCACCAGAGCCCUGCAGCAGAGAGAGGGGCAGGAAGCCAGUGCCAUCUGUGCUUGCCUUGGUUUACCCUCCUGGGUCAUGAUACAGUGCUGUUGGGGCAGGAGGUGGGGGCAGGGGCCCUGCUACUGAGUGGGGAUCUGUCCUGAGGCUCCAAGGGAGGUGGGAGCAGGCAGCCAACCAACUGGGAGGCCUGGGCUCUGCAGCACCGCUAACUCACCCAGACCUGCAUCCUCCUGGGAGGCGUGGCAGGACUGAAACCAACAUCUGCUCACCUCUUCUCUUAAACUCCCAGGCUGCUCCCACAGACCUGAGGCUGAGUGAGGGCUUGGGCCCUGGAGGACUGGGUGUUCUAGGGAAGGGAGGCUUAUCUAGCAACUGAGCCAGCCCCAUCAGGAGGGAGUCCGGCCCUGCCUCCAGCCCUUCCCCAUGGUCUUUCUGCCCAUCUCACUUCCUAAAACCUCCCCCCAUCCUCUGCCAGUUGCUGGCUUAUCCCCAGUCAGGCCUCCUGAGGCCUCCAUUGGCAGUGCCCAUGUCGCCGUUUCACUCCUUAUCUCCUCAUCUCUCCAAUUUGGAAGCCAUCCAGCUGAUGUUAACAACCAGGGCAAGUCCCUCCAGCUGGUCCCCAUGUGAUGGGGUCGGGUCUCCUUAUCAGCCUCUGGGCGGCUGAGAUCUCAGGCAGGGUGUGCGUCAGCCACCCAGCCCCCUGCAAUUCUGCUGGGGAGUGGACCAGGGGGCCACACCUGGGGGAAGCGUGCAGCCUGCCCUUGCUAGCGGCUAACUGGGCCAGUGGAAAGUUACUGUGUGGAGUCAGGGAGGUUCAGAGUGGAUACCUGGACCCUUCCUUGGCCUCUCCCUCCAGGGUUGCCUCUCUCCCCAUAUGCCGGUGGCUCUGUUUGCCCCUGGGGGUGGGGGGAUAACUAGGGAUGUUAUCUAUGUGUUCCUGAUCCCUCCCUCUCCGUCCUUCCUAUUUCCAACUUGUAAGAAAUAUUGCAAAAGCAUUUGAAGUUUUGUUCCAUCUUGGGUAUGAGGAGAGAGGGAACCAAGAAUGGAUGGCAGUGUUGGUGUGUGAGAUAAAGGCAACUGGGAGCACAAGUGGGAUGCGCCCUGCGUGCUGGUCUAAAUUAAUCCAUUACGGCAACCCUACGAAGGUAGUACUCAGCACAUCCCCAUUGCAGAGAGGAAAGCUGAGGUGAUGGAGAGGCUUGGUCCAAGGUCAUACAGCUAACAGACUGGAUGGGGGCUGGAUGAGACUGGAUGGUCAGGCCCUGACAGCUCGGGGGAUUCAUUGUCCUCAUUACCACCCCUGGCCUUCCCUCCCCACCCCACCCCAGUUACCACCACCAGAUUUUGUACUCUGUAGUUUCCACCUUCUAAACACAAGCUGGGAAGCAGGAUUCUGUUGUCUGAUUUCCAGCCUCAUUGCCAACGGGCUCAUGGUAUUUAUUAAGCAAGUGUUUCUUACUGACUGUGAUUCAGUUUUUCUAUCAGCAAGAUGGAAGACCGUGGCCAGAGUGCCGCAGAGACAGGCACCAGAACAUUUAUUUGCACUGACUUCCUUAUCCAGUUGCCACCUCUCCUCCGAGGUCCCCUCGAUUCCUCUCCUAAUCUCCAGUUCCAGUGCUAGAGGGGUUACUUCCCCCACCCCUUGCCCUAUAAUUCUCAGCCUGGGCCUUCGUCAUGCUUCCCAGAAUCCACUUGUCAAAGCCCUCCUCUUCCUAGGACAGUUUAUGCAGAAUUCGGGGUUUAUGCAGCUUUUCCAAGGCUGAGCUCCAAAAGCGUAAAGGGGAAGGCAAGCACUCAGCAAUAGACAAUGUGACGGCAACUCAGGGCCAUCGCACAGCAGAGUACGCUGCGGAGUCUCCUAUUCUGGGUCCUGAGGGGGGUCCAGGACAUGCUGAGCUGGCAGCAGAGCCAGGGCUGAGGCUCCUGUGUUCCACCUGCACUGAAGCCAUGAGGCACCCCAGGGACACCUGGAUGGGCCUUGGAAGGAGGAAGGAUGGGGAACAGGAAUGCAGGAUUACAAGAAACAGAGAAACCGAAGCUGGGCAGGUGGCACAAGCUGCCGAGGAGGAGAGGAGCCUGCUUCCCUGCCCAGGAAGGGGUGGGUUGGAUUUUAUAAAACUGCAGGCAGCCGAGAAUCUGGCCAUCUGUGAUGCAGGUCAGAGGUCUCUUACUGAGGGGAAAACAGAGCAAAAGAUCCUCUUCUGGGGAUUGUAGAUGGGUGCCAGGGAGGUACACACAGGUCCCUGGCCUCUAGCACCGAUUCCCGGGCUCAGGUGUGGCUCCUGUAUCGCCUGGGGAAGCCCCUGGAAUCUUGGUUCUGCCAUCCUCAUCUUUUGCUCCUGGGGGCAUCAGGAUCAGACAGACACCCUUGUUCCGAAAGGCUCCGCCUCUCGCCUCCCUGGCCCACCGGGGAUUUCACUCAAGCACUUUGCUGCCCCUCAGUGGCUGCCUGAGGAAAAGCAGGGCCUGGUUCUGCAGGCGAGAAGCAGAAAGAUGUGUGGCCUGAGGUUUGCGGGCUGGAUCUGGCCACUGGCCUUCAUUCCCUGCUCUUCUCGGAUCACCCCAGACCACUCUCUGCCUCAGUCUCCUGCUGUUCCCUUUAGUCCAGCCACUGUCGUAUCUCAGACACUGUUUACCUGUCUGUUGGAAACACCCCUGUGCCACCCAGGCCCAGAGCUUUCUCUCGAGUGUCCAAGGGCAGAGACACACCCCCAGAAACAAGCCCUUCAGGCCUCAGCUCCUCCAAGUUUCCUGGGAUCUGCGCUGUUCCUUUCCCUGGCCUCACCUUCCUGGUCCAUGACUGACAGGAGAUAAGAAUAAAAGUAAUAAUGACACCCGAAA